UUACAACAUCAAAACCAAGGUCUCAAGCUGUCCUGUCGCAACAACAGAUACUCGCAACCACGACCGUUUAAAAUAUGUCAACCUCGCGCUGCGUAUUCAACGCUGCAUCUGCUCUGCGACGCAUAUUUCUUGCACCCAUUGACCACUCAUCCACACCACUCCUCCGCCCAUCCACCUUCUCCUCGCAUCUCACCCGCAUCCACGCAAGCCAUACCCAGCAGCGCACCCUCCUAAAGAGCACCUCUUGCGCCGUCCCAGAACAGCGACUUCCGCGCGAUGAAGAAAUCAAAGAUGUAAGCGUCCGUCUCAAAAACCACGAACAAAAGCUCGACCCCCCAAAACCCACCUCCGCAAUCCUCAAAUCGAUAAACCUCAAAACACACAUGUUACAAAUCAUCGCAUAUAGCGAUGAUGGUGAACCUCCUAUUGCGAAAAUUAUUGAUAAGGAGGAGGCGGCGAGACAGAAGAGAUUGGCGAAGAAGAAGAAGAAUCCUGCUGCGGUGACGAAGACGAUUGAGAUGAAUUGGGCGAUUGGGAAGAAUGAUUUGGGGCAUAGGUUGCAGAGGAUUAGGAGUUUUGGAGAAGGGGAAUAAAGUUGAGGUUGUGGGAA